CAAAAGUGCAAAGUGCAGUUGCCAGUCUCCCAAGACUCAAGAGUUCACACUCCACAGUGCACACGCUGCUCUCUGAACGCUGGUCGGUCCAUCAUCUGUUUGCUGUGUGCAAUUCCGCUUCAAGCGAAAAGGCGCCAAAGCCUAAGGUCUUCCAAACCUGAAAGCAGCUUUCCGCUUACCGGACUCUAGUCUCAGCUUGGUAUGUCUUUUGCAAGCCACUUCGCUUCCUCUGCCUUUUCUGAGCUGCGUCUCACCAUCUUCAUCUGGACAAUUAAAAGUACCCUAGCUAGUCCUUUAUCUUUGUGCUGAAUCAGGGUUACUUACCUUCAACAAUCAUCUGUCUAUUUGAUCGUACAUUGCUAGAAGCAGCUAGCUUCAAAUCUGUGCCCAGCUCAACCCCAUCCCUCCCUCAAACAGACUUUGUUCUCUCCCACAUUCCUACGGACGCCAUAGUACCUAACAGCAAUGCAGGGGGGCGGAAUGCACUCCAACAACAACCCCCCUCCAGUUGUAAUCCCAAUCAACCCAAAUGGCGUCACCCUUCCGUCAGCGGGUCCCUCGCAAAAACAGCUGCCAGACACGCCAUUUGACCUGCACACUCUAGCGCACCCAGUCACCGGCGUGGAAGUCCAGGGGGCUUUCCUCGGCGCGCUGCCGACGAUCGCUGAGGUCGGCGCGGCCAACUAUGCAGCGCAUUUGCGCCGGAAGCACGUCUCAACGCUCAGCAAAUGGUUGCCUUUCUGGGCGGUGCUGAUUCUCAUCUUUCUGGUGCUUCUCGCGGUCGGCGCGCAAAAGUCCCGGAACACCGCGGUCGAGAAAGCGGACGAGAUCAGCCAGUUUGAUCUCCCAGGGUUCAUGAUGUCGCUCUUCGGGGGCCUUCUGAUGGCCGUGUGCAUAUUCUUCGCGCUGUUUCUGCUCUGGGGCCACCAGGGCGCGUUUCUUGACACCGGGAAUAGAGCCCAUGAGCUGUCGCAAGCAGCGCAGACCUACCAAACCAUUCUGGCGUGGCACGCGGGUUAUCGUGGCAACGGCUCGGAAGCAGAGAUCGGGGAGCUGUUCACACCAGCGCGCAACCGGGUGGCAAAGCUGCUGACGGAUGGGCUGAUCAAGACGGAGGUUUUGUGGGAAAACUUCUGGGGGGUCAAUUGUAUCAGCUUGUUCCAUUGGCAACUCAAGAAGGCGUCCAACUUACAGCACAUCCGGGAUUCGCUAUCACUAAGAAGCAGGGACAAGGAGCUCUUUACACCCUGUCCUUUUGUUAGAGGUCCGUUCAAGAAAGCAAGCUCGGAAUGA